CACCCCCGUCCUCAGAUGCCGUCGACUUCUGGGUUACCUUCCCUCCGCGCCUCAGCGCCACAGGCGGGAGCCUCCCGGGCAGCCCCUCACAAAGCGCCGGGCCGCGCGCUCCCGCCGCCCGGGAGGGUGUGUCCGCAGGGCCCGGGGGAGGAGGAGGGGAGGGAGAAACUCCCGCUCAAAAAAGCUUCCCGGAGCACUGCGUUUGUCCAGCGGCUUGCAGGCAUGUCUCUGAGGAAGCCCGUGGGCAAGCGUCGCAGCACCGACUCGGGUGUGGAGUCCGACCGCGGGGCUCUGUCCCAGGAGAAGAAGGAUCAGCGCAUCACCCUCUUUCUCAGCGAUUUCGACCAGCAGGCCAAGGAAAAUAUCCAAGAAAUGAAGAAAGAGCUUGAUUCGCUUUUGCAAACAGCUGAGAAGGCAUUUACGGUGGAGCUUUUGAAGAUGCCAGAUGCCAUCAGGAAAAUGAAAAGAAAAGACUUGCUUAAUUUGCAAGGAGGGGAGGAAAUGGCUCUUGCUGCUGCAGUGACUGACUGCUCUCUAGAAGACAUACCAAAUCCAAAAUUGGUGAGGACCAACAGCAAAAAAGUUAAGGUAACUACAAUUGUUGAAUAUGAAGAUGCCAAACAUAUUUCUGCGAAGGAAAUACCUAAAAAAGUUUCCAAAACCAAGUCAUUGAUUUCAUUGGCUUCUGGUUUAAAUAGCAAACUGAACCCUCUUUCUAGGUCUGCUCACUCUUCUGCAUGUGUGACUGAUGCCAUUAAGUCUCUUGCUUCUGACUGCAGUACCACAAAUUUAAAAGCCACACCAAAGAUAUGUAAAAGUGCUGGACUACAACACGCUGUCUCAAGAAGUGUACCUACUCGUGGAAGAGUUCAAGGCAUGUUACUAAGAAGUAAAUCAGUACCCCAAGAUAAAACUGUUCCAUUUGUAAACAUUCCCCUGGCUGAUGGACAGACACUCUGUACAGCUGGUGGAGACCUACAUAAUAUUGAUGUGCAACUACUAAAUCAAGAUACAGUACAGCAUAUUCAUAACUUAGUGAGUGAGUUGACUGUACUGUGUGGAAAGGCAACAGCUAAACCAAGUUAAUGGAACUGUCUUGUGACUACAGCUCUUGCUGCCUUUCAAGUGUUGAGAGAAUGUCUGUAGCAUCUUAAUAAAGCUAGAUAUUAGUAUAUGUUUUAUUAAAAAAUCGUGUGAUAUGUAUUAUUUGUUACAUCUGUGAAGGAGAAAACUCCCUUUCCAACUUAUGAAAGGCUUUGUUAACAUCUAAUCUCAAUUUACAGUAAAAUAAAUAUAGUAAGAGGUGGUAUGUAGCAAAUAGACUUUAACUCUGGUAUUCAGAACAGGACCUUUUGGUUAUUUUUACAUAACUAUUCUUAAGUAGGUAUCUCUUCAACACCAUUCUUCCAUAGGUGUUGCAAG